AUGUCCCUUCCCCACCAACUCGCCGCCGGCGAACUCCUCACCGCCCUCCGCGGCGCCUCUUGCGCCUCCUCGGCCCUCCGAUUGUACUCCCUCCUCCGCAUCCGCCUCCCUCCCUCAGACCCCUCCUCCUUCGCCGGGCGCGCCGCCGCCUUCGCCCUCAAGCCCCUCUCCUCCGCCGGCUCCCUCCCUCUCCUCUCCCACUUCCACGCGCACCUCAUCAGGUCCAACCUCCUCGCGUACCCCCAGGUCGCCUCAUCCCUCCUGCGUUCCUAUUCACUCCUCUCCCCCGCGGCCGCCCACCACCUGUUCGAUCAAAUACCCCCUGCCACCUGCAACCUGUUUGUUGUCAACGUAAUGCUUUCGUCCCUGUGCCGUUCCUCUGACCUCGCCUCCGCACGCCUAUUCUUUAACGACAUCCCCGACAAGGACAUCGUCUCUUGGUCGACCAUGCUCGCUUGCUAUUUCUCCAAUAAGAGCGUAGCUGACGGCCUUGCCUUCUUCCGCACAAUGACAUUCACCACCACACUUGCUCCAGAUUAUGUAAUGCUCGUCACCGUCCUCACAGGAUGUGCGUCGGCUGGCUUGCUGCAGCCGUUCUGCAGAUCCAUUCACGGGUAUAUUGUGCGGCGCCAGGCAGUCAGUAUGCACCUCGGGACAUCGCUUAUUGAUUGCUAUGCAAAGGUUGGCCGCCUCGAUUAUGCUUCCCGUGUCUUUGUGCGGGUGCCCUCUAGGAAUGUGAUGCACUGGACUGCAAUGAUUUGUGGGAUGGCUAUGCAUCUGCAUUAUGACGAGGCUAUCCAGCUGUUUGAGGAGAUGCGCCGGCAAGGAGUGCGACCAAAUGAGAUGACAUUCACUGCUGUGCUCAGUGUAUGCGGGCAUGCUGGACUGGUGGAGCAAGGGAGAGAGUUCUUUAAACUUAUGGUUGAGGAAUAUGACCUUGAGCCAACUGUACAUCACUACGGGUGCAUGGUUGAUAUCUUUGCAAAGGCAGGUCAGUUGGAAGAUGCUUAUGAUGUUAUCAAGACCAUGAGAGUGGAGCCAAAUAUCAUCAUCUGGACUUCGUUGCUAGCGGCUUGCAAGAGGCUUAAGAAUUUUGACAUUGCAAUGGAGGUACUAGAUGAAGUAUUGGCAAUGGAGAUAUCUGAUGAAAAUGGUGGAUUAUAUACUCUUAUAUCUGACCUGUAUGUCAUGGCUGGGCGGUGGGAUGAUGUGUUGAAGGUUAGGAGAUUGAUGGAGGAACAUAAUGUGCGGAAGAACAGAUGGUCGAGAUCCGUUAGAGCGGGCAAACCACCUGGCUUGAUUGAUCCUGCAGUCAGUUGA